ACUCUCCCUACUCCACUGCCACGCACGCAUGAUAAUCACUAAGCGAACCUUCUUUGUCAAAGGUUCCUGUGGGACGCCCGUUAAUAUUUAAUCGAUGACCUUGAGACGACCAUGGUUCCCCUGCAGCGAAUUCCGCCUCGUUCUUCUCACGUAGCGUCACCGAGAAGAGAAUUAUCGACUCUUCCUGCUGUGUUUGUGUUUUUAAACGAUGUCUACUAUCAGCGAUGCGAAAUCGGCUGAUCCCAUUGACAUGAUCGAUGAGUCUUCUAGCAUACCCUCAAGCCGUGCCCGUCGUGAUCUCGAGAGGAGAUUGGUGAGGAAGCUCGAUUUGCGUAUGUCCGUGAUCGUUCUUUUGAAUGCCCUGAACUUUGUCGACAGAUCGAAUGCUAGUAGUGCUAGGUUGGCAGGUUUAGAGCAAGACCUGCACUUGCAAGGACAACAAUACGCUACGAUCUUGUCCAUCGUAUAUGUGGGAUACAUUCUCAUGCAACUGCCAGCGAACAUGUUUCUGCACUGGCUAGAAAGACCUGCUAUUCUGAUUCCUUCUACUAUGGUGAUUUGGGGCGUAAUAUCAACAUUAACAGGGAUCACAAAGAAUUAUACGGGGAUUUUUCUCGCCCGUUUCUUUCUUGGUUUUGCUGAAGGACCCUUUGUCCCUGGCGUUCUGUUUCUUAUAUCUGGAUGGUACAAGCGAGACGAGCUCGCCGUGAGAACGACUCUCGUUUCUUGUGGAAGUGUGCUCAGCGCUGGGUUCGGAGCCGUUUUUGCGUCUGGUAUACUUUCAGGCAUGCAGGGAACACUUGGUCAAGCUGCGUGGAGAUGGUUGUUUUACAUCGAGGGCAGCGCUACCGUCUUAGUCGCGAUUUGUGCGAUGUUCUUACUACCUGAUUUCCCUCACAACACCAAAUGGCUCACCCCGGAGGAAAGAACGCUAGCUAUAUCUCGUCUCGCAGAAGAUGGCUAUGGAAGGCCUGGCGAUCUUACGAAACGGACAACCAUGCAAGGACUGUGGGAUGCUGUGUCCGACUGGAAGGUGUGGUGGCUUUCACUCGCAUUGUUCAUUCAGUUUGUAUCGUUGUCAUUCGUCAUUUAUUUCCCGACGAUCGUUGCGACUCUGGGAUAUGAUACGAGUGUAACAUUGCUGCUCGUCGCUCCUCCGUGGGUGCUCUCCACGAUAACCUCAUUUGCUCUUUCAAGGUACUCUGAUAAGAAGCGAAAGCGUUACAUAUACGUUGUGGCGUCGAGUUCAACAGCUGCCCUUGGAUUCAUCAUAUCUCUCUGUACGAUGAACACGACUGCGCGCUAUAUUUCGAUGUUCCUGAUGGCUCAAAUCAGUGCCGGACAAAUGGUGCUAUGGGGGUGGAUGGCCAACACCUUUGCCAGAGAACCUGCGAAGCGAGCUGCUGCUAUCGCUAUGAUUAAUGGACUGGCGCAGGCAGGGAACAUCGUCGGGUCGUUCGUAUGGCCGAUCAACUGGGGCCCUUCAUAUCGGUAUUCCUACGCCAUCUGCUUCGCAGCGCUUGGAGUGUCAACAGCCAUGUUUGGUGUAAUGUAUUUGCAUUUGAAGCGUUUGAAUGAGCGGAUGGAGAGGGACGAGCAGGAUACGAAGGAGCUUCAGGGCCCCGUUGGUUUUAGAUAUCUGGUGUAGUCUACAUGGGAUUGAUGCGACGCAUGUGGAAGAAUACUUUGAUCAGCUAUUCCGCGACCAAAUACUUACCCAAUCCCACUGAGGAGAUAAGUCCUCGAAUCCCAGAGCAGCCGAAUUAUAAUAUUGUGCCGUACCACUUCCACUUCACUGUGGCGACUCUUUC